UAAAGGUUAUAUUUGACCUUUGUGUAUAGCAACACAAUAUGGAAGCAAUGUGACAAUACCCGCUGUAGUUGGACAUAAGCAAAAAACUGUUCUGUGAAAAAACAACUCAUCGCCAUAUAAUUUACUACCAAGAUUAAAUACAGCAACAGCGGUGCAAAUCGAUAUUUUUUUUAAAAACACGUUUUUGCAUCAUGUACUUUCUGACAGGAGUCAGGUUGGGUGUGUGUGGUGGGGGGAGGAGGUGUGUUUCUGUACCCUGUUUCAGGGGGGUUAGGUCAUUAAGGGGGUUCAGCAGCUCGGGGAACGAAGAGGGUACGAGCGAGGGCACAGCUGCAGCGAGCAGUGAUACUGACAGUGUUUAUGAUGUCAUUGUUUCAGGAGGGGGAAUGGUGGGCACAGCCAUGGCAUGCUCUUUGGGUUUUGAUCCAAAUUUACAAGGAAAGAAGAUCCUCUUGUUAGAAGCUGGUAACAAGAAAGAGUUUGAAGUGCCAGAGAGCUACAGCACCAGAGUCAGCUCUAUCAGCCCUGGAUCUGCGACUCUUCUCAGCGGUAUUGGUGCCUGGGAUCACAUUCUUAACAUGAGAUGCAAGCCUUUCAAUAGGAUGCAGGUCUGGGAUGCCUGUUCCGACGCGAUGAUCACUUUUGAUAAGGAGAACCUGGAAGAUGAAAUGGGUUACGUUGUAGAGAACGAUGUUGUCAUGGCUGCCUUGACAAAACAGCUUGAUGCGGUUUCAGAUCAAGUGAAGGUUCAGUACAGAAGCAGAGCGGUGAGGUACACCUGGCCUCUCCCCUACCAGACUGCCGAGUCCAAUCCCUGGGUGCAGGUGGAGCUGGCGAGUGGGCAGCAACUGCAAACCAAACUGCUGAUUGGGGCUGAUGGACCCAACUCCACGGUACGAAAAGCAGCCGGAAUGCAGACAGUCCAGUGGAAUUACGAGCAGAGCGCCGUGGUCGCGGUGCUUCACCUGUCUGAGCCAACAGAAAACAAUGUUGCUUGGCAAAGGUUCCUGCCCACUGGACCAAUUGCAUUGCUUCCAUUAUCAGACAGUGCAAGCUCGCUGGUGUGGUCCACCACCCAUCAGCACGCAACGGACCUGCUCGCGUUGGACGAUGAGAGCUUUGUUGAUGCAAUCAACUCUGCAUUUUGGAGCAAUGAGAACCACUCCGAGCUGAUUCACACAGCGGGUACCGUGUUCAGAUCUGCCUUGUCCCUGCUCAUGCCCUCCGGUACCUCGCCACGCCAGCUGCCUCCUAGCGUCUCUCGCGUCGGCCCCAAAAGCAAAGCCAUGUUCCCCCUGGGCCUGGGGCAUGCCUCCGAGUACAUUCGGCACAGAGUGGCUCUCAUUGGGGACGCUGCCCACAGGGUACACCCUUUGGCUGGCCAAGGAGUGAACCUGGGCUUCGGGGAUGUGGCAUGCCUCACUCGACACUUGAGCCAAGCAGCCUUCGACGGAAGAGACCUGGGAGCCACACGACACCUGCUGGAAUAUGAGACCGAGCGCCAGAGACACAACCUGCCCAUGAUGGCUGCCAUUGACAUCCUGAAGAGACUCUACUCCACCAAGAUGGCUCCCUUUGUCCUCCUCAGAACACUCGGACUGCAAGCCACCAGUGCUGUUCCUCCUUUAAAAGAACAGAUCAUGGCCUUUGCCAGUAAGUGAAAUCCCUCAAGUCUUCGGUCAGCAUCCAGGCACUGCAGCGGUUCAGAAGAAGUCCAGGGCUGCUGAAUGUUUGCUGCUGCUGUUAAUGAAACACAUCGUCUAUGGGCUGUGCACAGUUGAAUGUACGGCUUGUAAAUUAAUAAAGUUAUAUUUUGAGAUG